UAUAAAAAAGGACAUAUCUCAACUCGCUGGGAUCUCAUUCCCUUUCUUUUUUUCGCGUGAUUAGUAAUUGGUGAUUGAUUCUCUGAACUAAAAUCUCCUCUCUCAUUUUCUUUUAGAGAAGGCAGAGGGCGCCGCCGGUGAAAUCACACUUUUAACCCUCAAAUUCAUCACAAAUCCAAUGGCCGUUUCAAGCUGUGCAGCUGCAGCUAGGGCAUUUCCAUCCUUCGAAUGCCGUUCCGACGCCGACUUCUCCGCCGGCGGCGUUCCACGUCACAACGACGUUCCAAAAAACUCCUCCGGCGUCCGUUUCUCCGGCAAGGCAAACUCGUUAAAUCACGGAUCGUCGAUUCACGGUGGCAUGUCUUCUCUGAUCCUUAGGUUUCCGCCAAACUUCGUGCGGCAACUGAGCGUCAAAGCUCGUCGGAACUGCAGCAACAUCGGCGUUGCACAAGUCGUUGCGGCUUCCUGGUCAAACAACCUCGGUUCCCCUGACUUCACUCCGGCGGCGACUAAGGCCGUUGAUGCCUCAGCCGCCGCCGCCGCUGCCGUUGCUCCUGUUGAUGAGGAGGUGACGGUAAUGGUGGAAAAUGAAAAUCCGGCUUGUGAUGAUCGAAAUGUACAGAUUGAGGAGGUGACACGGGGAAAAUAUUCUUCGUUUUUGAGUUCUGAUGGAAGUAUUGCUAUUCAUGCCGGUGAGAGGUUAGGACGUGGUAUUGUUACUGAUGCAAUAACUACCCCAGUGGUUAAUACGUCUGCUUAUUUCUUCAAGAAGACUUCUGAGCUCAUUGAUUUCAAGGAGAAAAGACAUGCAAGUUUUGAAUAUGGGCGCUAUGGAAACCCCACUACUGUUGUUGCUGAGGAGAAGAUAAGUGCACUGGAAGGUGCUGAAUCAACCUUGUUAAUGGCAUCUGGAAUGUGUGCGAGUACUGUAAUGUUGUUGGCAUUAGUUCCUGCUGGUGGACAUAUUGUAACAACAACAGAUUGCUACAGAAAGACCCGGAUAUUUAUUGAGACAAUACUGCCUAAAAUGGGAAUCACGGCCACAGUCAUUGACCCAGCUGAUAUUGGAGCUCUAGAGUCAGUCCUAAAACAGAAGAAAGUGACUCUUUUCUUUACCGAGUCUCCAACAAAUCCAUUCCUGAGAUGUGUUGACAUUGAGCUGGUAUCAAAGCUUUGCCAUGAAAAUGGAGCAUUGGUUUGCAUCGAUGGGACAUUUGCAACUCCUCUUAACCAAAAGGCCCUUGCUCUAGGGGCUGACCUCGUUGUGCACUCUGCAACAAAAUAUAUUGGUGGCCACAAUGAUGUUCUUGCUGGUUGCAUUAGUGGACCUGAAAAGUUAGUUUCAGUAAUUCGUAACUUGCAUCAUAUCCUGGGUGGUGCUAUCAAUCCGAAUGCUGCGUAUUUGAUCAUCAGAGGUAUGAAGACGCUGCAUCUUCGUGUACAGCAACAGAACUCAACUGCGCAAAGGAUAGCCGAAAUUUUAGAGGCUCAUCCCAAGGUGAGAUGUGUCUAUUAUCCAGGCUUGCCGAGUCAUCCAGAACAUCAGCUGGCAAAGAAACAAAUGACUGGUUUUGGUGGUGUGGUCAGCUUUGAGGUUGAUGGGGAUCUGCUGACUACUGCAAAAUUCAUUGAUGCUCUGAAAAUUCCUUAUAUUGCUCCAUCAUUUGGAGGCUGCGAGAGCAUUGUGGAUCAACCAGCAAUAAUGUCUUACUGGGAUCUUAGCCAGUCAGACAGAGCAAAGUAUGGGAUCUUGGACAACUUGGUUCGAUUCAGCUUUGGAGUGGAAGACUUUGAGGAUUUGAAAGCUGAUAUUCUUCAGGCUCUGGAUACCAUAUAGACCGUCUUACCUGCAACCUGAUUUUAUUGUUUCCUAUGAUCUUUUUCGUUCCCCUAGCUUUGAACGUUUUCAUCUCUAAGUGUUGUACUCGUUUCCCCUAUUGACAGAAUAUAGUGAAAGGAUCAUUCAGCAGAUGAUCCAAUCUAAUGUGAAAGUGGGAUAUUACUUUUGUUACCGUUUUCUUAUCUUCUUGGAGAA